AUGGCCACCCCGACGCCUGCAGCUACAGAAUCAGAUCUGAAGACGUUCCGUGAUUUCCUCAUGCAGUACAACAAUGUGACGGAGCAGUGUUUUGCUGCGUGUAUCAAUGACCUGACCUCAAGGACUGUUAGUGAGAAGGAGGAGAAGUGCAGUUCAAAUUGCUUGGACAAGUACUUGAAAAUGACUCAACGGGUAUCACUACGUUUCCAAGAACAUCAGCUUUUGUCAGCAGAUGUUCAAGGUGCUAGUAUAGCUCGAAGCUAG